GUUGCGCUGUUUUGCUUGACUUGAUCAGAUCUGAACAAGUAGCCUGACUUUAGCCAGUUGCGCGAGCUGCUUUAAACCAGAUGUUUUGCGGUAACACGCAGUAGUCCCGCGCGUAACCGCAUCCACACAGCCUUUAUACCUUCUACCGACGCGGAUGUCCAGCUUCAAGGUGAGGAUAUGUACCAGGGCAUAAUGACAAGCAACCACGGACCCUCUUCCUAUGAGGCCGGAUUUCUUCACAACGCCUCGACGGGCACCUCUCCGGUUUAUGUCCCCACCACCCGGGUCGUCACCCCCAUGAUUCCUGCGCUUCCUUACCUUCAGACGCCCGGUGCGUCGCAGCAGAGCAGCCCGGCGUCGAGCCACUCUGCGUGGGCACAGCCGGGCGCAGACUCGGUGCCCUCAUACAACCACUCCCCGGUGUCUCCGCGUUUCACCUUCUCCACCAGCCCGCCUCUGUCCUCCGGGGUGGCCACGGCCCGGGAGACGGCAGUUUCUUACACAAGCCCGCUGAACAUCUCCGCUAACGGUAGGGAUCACUACAGCGCUCGUGGUCUGAGCGGGUCGUAUCACAGCCCUUAUUCGGCCUACAUGAGCCCUAACGUGGGCGGAACGUGGCCGGCGUCCCCCUUCGACAGUCCGGUCCUCCACGGUCUCCAAGCUGGCGCUCCUCCUGGGACAGCAAGACACCCCAACAUAGAUUUGUUUGAUGACUUUGCUGAGGGCCGAGAGUGCGUGAACUGCGGAGCAAUGUCAACCCCACUCUGGAGGCGAGACGGUACCGGUCACUACCUGUGUAACGCCUGCGGGCUGUACCAUAAGAUGAACGGCAUCAACAGACCUCUUAUCAAACCCCAGAGACGGCUGUCUGCCUCGAGGAGGGUGGGCCUGUCCUGCACCAACUGUCACACCACCACCACCACCCUGUGGCGACGAAACGCAGAGGGAGAGCCGGUCUGCAACGCCUGUGGGCUCUACAUGAAACUCCACGGGGUCCCUCGACCUUUGGCUAUGAAGAAAGAGGGGAUCCAGACCCGCAAACGCAAACCUAAGAACCUCAAUAAAUCCCAAACUGGGACACCAGGCAACGAGGGGGCUCCAAUUACACCCAGCAGCACUCCCCGCUCCUCCACCACCUCCACCACUGCAGAGGAGACUCGCCAGAUAAAGACAGAGCCAGAAAAUCACAGCUUGUACACACAUCACAGCUCACAUGCACAGAUUUCUGCCCUGCCAGCCUACAUGGCAACUCAAGGAGGCCCCAUUCCUCUCAAGAUGUCCCCUGGGGGGCACAACGGGUCCUCUGGCUCCAAAGCUGAACCCUGGAACAGCCUAAUCCUGGCUUAGAAAAACCUACAACCCAACAUCUCAAAAACCUACCUAACCACAGAAUACCUAUUAAACUCUCCUGACAGACUCUGGGUUCAGACCACCCCGCCGUUUCCUGCCCGCUGUGCAGCGUUGUCAGUGCAGGAACAGAAAUCUGGGAGCUACUACAGAAGAAACGAGGCCUUACAGUGCUGCACACACACUGUGUGUGAACUCAGAGCAAACAAGGACGUGAAUGGACUUUGUUAUAGAAAUCUGAAAGAAGAGCAGUGACUAGAUUCACUCAGUAACACGACAGAAAACUUUUCGUCACCCUCUCCGCAAGAUAAAUACUGUAACAUAAUACAUGA